UCUUCUAGAUCCUCGCCAAUGGUGUGAGUUUCCAACUCCCUCUAUAUAAUACCGGCGGCGGCGAGCUCGUGGGUUUUCUUGUUCCAUAAGUUUUCUCUUCCACAGGUAAAAGGGUAGGCCUAAAUUCUCCGAGCAUCUGGUCUUCACCGUUCUUCUCCACCAUUCUCUCAAAUCUCGCUCUUCAAUCGCCAUUUUACCUCUUUCUUGACCUGUGGCAAAGCAACAGUGGCAUGGAAUCCACAACUCCUCGUCCUGUAUGUGCGAAGGAGGCCCUUGAUCUCCUCAACUGUGCCGCUGAUUCGGACUUUGAUCGGGAGAAGUGCGUUCGGUUUUUGGAAGCUCUACGGAGUUGUAUACAAGAGAAGAAAGUGAAGAAAUUCUCUCUGGCUGAACAGAACCGUGCUGAGGAAGACCAAAUAAGUAAGGACGAGUUCGGUAGAGAGAAAGAAAUGGCGCAAGUGUACAGUGCGACGCCAAUAUUGACGUUGCACUGUUCAACUGCGAUCAAAUGGCGUUCGGUUGCGACGUUUGAGGGCCUCCAUUCGGCUGUUGGUCGAAUGGUUGGAGAUGGUCUAAGAAAGCUCUCUUAA